AUCAAAAAUUUGAAUAACGAGUGGGAUUCAUGAAAAAGAGAUGGUCUGUUGUCCAACCAAGGCACACCAGGAUACUAGUUUAUGCUGUAUCAUGAUAUACACUUAGCUUCUAAGUACCUACACAUCUACUUCUGUAGGCGUAUCUCAUUCAUGACGAGGUAAAUCAUGACAAGUACUUGUUGUGCAUGACUGAAUAGAAUUAAAAGAAUAAAGGUAUUCAAACGAGGAAGAGUAAAUAUAUAUAAGAAUUGAUUGUUUGAAAGUAAAUAGAGCAUUGGUUAAUUAAAUGUGAAAAUAUUCACUUCAAUUUCUGAACCAUGAACACUAAUACAGCUGGGAACAAUAUCAGCAAAGCAACAACAGAUGCAUUUACCAAUAUAAUAACAACAGACGGGGAGGCUGAACCUCUAAUUAUCAAUGCUGUCCCGGCGUAUCUUCUUUUUGCGUUCGGAGUUGGUGGAAAUGUAAUUGCCCUGGUGGUAUUACUUGUGACUGCCAAAACUCACAAAUGGAAGCCAUUUUACAGGUACGUCUGUGGACUUGCGAUCACGGAUGGAGGAGGACUACUUAUAUCGGUACCCGUGUCUCUCUCUAUGUACGCCUCCGAGCUACAGAGAGAACUGUCUCCAGUUCUGUGUAACUUUCAGAUGUUUUGGUACAUGUUUACGCUGAUGUCGUCCGCCAUGAUAGUUUGCGGCAUGUCAUUCGACAGAUUCUUUGCUACAUAUUAUCCAUUUCACUACAACAAACCACACAAAGAAAUCCGAACAAACAUAAUUGUGGUUCUCAUAUGGGGCCUUUCGGCACUCAUCAGCAGUUUACCUUUUUUCGGCCUUGGUUCCAGUCGUAAAUUCUAUCCCGGUACUUGGUGUUUUCUGAAUUUUAUUGAAACAACCACAGAAGUUAACAGAAUUAAUGCCAUUAUUUAUGCGUCGAUUGGAGUACUCAUUGUCCUUGCUACCUGGACCUUCAAUAUUGCAGUCAUUGUCUACUUUGUCUACAAAAGAUACAAGAAUGAGUCCACGUGGAGCGGAUGGAAGGAUGCGCAUGUCAUUAUUUUUCUGAUGACAGUGGUUAUUCUUUUCACUUCCUGUUGGUUCCCGUUAAUGGUGAAUAUUCUGGGACAUGCCUCGUUAGCUCUUCCGGAAACAGCAGGUAAAACUGAACUUUUGUUUACCAGGCUGAGCAUCACUAACUCUGUGGUGGACCCGUGGCUCUACAUCAUCUUCAGGAAGGAGAUCUAUUACGCCAUUAUAUCAGGCCUCAGACGCUUAUGUCCUAAAGAAAAAGAAUUUCAAUCGGACUCCGCUACAAACCCGCGGGCACCACAAUCACUGAGUUCUGGGAACAAAACAGAGAAUGUCUCCAUAGACACCAAAUAGUGUAGGGAAUUUCGGGAUAUCAUAAAAUUGAUUAAUUCUUUAAAGAUACACGAUUGGGCUGAAUAGACGAAAGUAUUGCCUCUCGCAUCCAAUAAAAAAAUAUUUAGGUAUAAUGUUUACGGGAAAAGAAUUGAAGCAGGCCUCC